AGGCCCCGCCAGUUCCGUUGGAGCAUUCUCAGAGCGCACAUCGCGAAACCGCAUCCAAGUGCCUGGCAUUCCCUCCGCUGUCAGUUCAGUGUUCAGUGCUGUUCCUGCGAGUUGCUGAAGGCUACUGUUGAGUGACCUGUUCCCUGAAGUCCCUGUACUCCGCACAUCGUUGCACGAGUCGUCCAAGUCUGUGAAGUUUGUGCAGCUGUGUAUCCCGCUCGCCUCAGUUGUCCGUCUUACGAGUCUCGCAGUACAAAGAUGUCUCUGCUUCCCUACAUCCUUGGUGAGCUCCGCGACCUGUCCGGCAGCGACGUGUUCGCUUCGCCGGCGCCGCGUCGCCACCCGUUCCACCCGUACCGCCGCUGGGUCGACGUGGACCUCGACGACCUCGACGACGUGCUGCUCGGCCGCGACGACUCCCGGCGCGCGCUGCUCAGCCUGCUGAGCGACGACGCCCCGCGCUACCUCAUGGCACGCCCUCGCAGGCGCCCUAACACCGCCGUGGAGAAGAAGGCCGUGAAGAAGACCGCCGACGACCGCCACGCCCUGGCCAUCGACGUGGACGUGCAGCAGUUCCGUCCCGAGGAGUUGUCCGUGCAGGUGCUGAAGGACCAGGGCGUCGUCGUGAUCGAGGGCCACCACGAGGAGCGCCAUGAGCACCCGGACGAGCACGGCUUCGUGCGCCACCACUUCUCGCGCCGCUUCAAGCUCCCCGACGGCGUGGACCCGGACACCAUCACCUCCAGGCUCUCGGCCGACGGCACACUGCAGGUGACGGCGCCGCGGAAGGAGGCCCUGCCCGCCCCGAAGGAGACCAACGUGCGGAACGUCCCCAUCGCCCACGCCGAAAAGAAGGCCCUGGCCCAGGACGCCGGCAAGCAGACGGAGAAGCAGGCAGAAGACGAGCAGGACAGUGACAUCCAGAAGGUGGAUUAGACUUCCUCUGCCGAUUAUCCAAGACUGACUUUUUCAGUAUUUAUUAUUUUUUAUUUUUUUACCUGUGUGUUUCUGAACUUGUGUUUCUCCGUUACAUGUGCAUAGCACCUAAAAACUAGAUCUCAGUGAUUUUGUUUUGCAUGUGUCAGUGUGUGUCUGUGUACGUUUGCCUGUGUAUUUAUGUAUGACAGAGGAACUUGAAUAAAUGGUAAAAUAAU